AUGGAUACUGAUGAUGAAUAUGAGACCAUUGACCUUACUGAUGAUGGAGACCUGAUGGCAGCUGAACUUAAGAAAGAUCUUGAGUUAUAUUAUAGGGUCAUUGAUGAGCCUCUUGCAACGGAAGAUGUAAUGAAUGAUGAUGAAAUUCUUGCGAUAGUUCAUGAAACAUUUGAUCCUGAAUCAACGGUAACAGAUUCUGAAGAAGAUGAAGUGUCCCCACCACCUCCAGUGAAUUUGCCAGAAGCAAUAAAUGCGCUGAAUGUCCUUAUUCAAUUCCAGGAACAAAGAGAAAGUGAUAAUGGAUUUAAGCCGGAAGAGUUAGAUAUGUUACACAAAAAAGUAUAUCAUUUUGAAAAAAUGAAAAAUGCAUCAAAAAAGCAAACUGAUCUCUUUUGCUAUUUUGGUGACCAAAGUUCUGAAAAUUUAUUUGAG